UUCCCUCCUCAUGGAAAAUGUCAGUCGUAGUGCCUGUUGUAAAACCUGGAAAACACCCGUCACAUCCUUCUAACAUCACUAACGUCUCUUUAUGUAAACUCAUACAGUACAGCGUAUGUAAUGGAGCGGUUGAAUUAUAUUUUGGAAAAAAAAAGGUGAUACAGUGUUUUAUCAGAGCGGAUUUCGGAAAGGUAGAAUGACAUUGGAUUCAUUUUUAUGUUUGGAAGAUUAUAUUAGGAAAGCCCAGGUAAGAAAACAACAGGAAUUCUGCAGAUGCUGGAAAUUCAAGCAACACACAUCAAAGUUGCUGGUGAACGCAGCAGGCCAGGCAGCAUCUAUAGGAAGAGGCGAAUGGGACUCCACAAGGCAGUGUUUGAUACAAGGUUUAUCCAACACAGCACCCACACUCAACAUCACAGGAACGGAGUACUCCAUCACCGCGAGCGGCACUCUCUCCAUUACGUGCAGAGGCCAGAUGCCCCUGAGCUGGAAUUGGCCAGGAAAGGUCGCAACCACAGAAGAGACAAAGUCACCGUCCCAAUGGCUGGAGGAACCUGGAGGACGGACGGUCAGUAUUGCGGAGUGUGAAGGAGUAGCCACGCAUCAGUACUGCAAGACGUUGACAUUAACAAGAGCCCGAGCUAAUGACACAGGGUAUUACCGCUGCUACUAUCACUUUGAACCCAUCGUUGACGAGGUUUCAGCUGCCAGCAUAUACAUCUUCGUGAAAGAUCCGCAGAACCCUUUCCUCAGCUCGUCACCCAAUGGGACCCAGCAACCUCAGGUGUUGACUGUCAACAGCUCACUGGUCACUGUUCCGUGCCUCGUGUCUAUCCCAACCCUCAAUGUCACUCUGCGGGAGGGAUUAACCAAAUCUGUCAUUUAUCCCAAUGAACCCAACGUGAUAUGGGACAAUAAACGAGGAAUGAUUGUUCCCAGGAAGAGGCUUGAAAACUUGCUUUACAUAACUUGUGAAUGUGUCAUCGGUGACCGAGUCUUUUCGUCUGCAAGUUACCUCAUCCACGUCAUAGGAUGGCGGAUUUACAACAUCACACUGAGCCUGGAUCGGCCGGAGAUGAUCGUUGGAGAGGAGCUCAUUCUCGACUGCAUUGUUGAGGCAGAGUUCAACGUGGCUGUCGACUUUCAAUGGGAAUACCCAAGGAAGGAGCUGUACAGGACUGAUCCGGCAGUCGAGAUCACCUACCAUAAACGGCCACUGGACACCGGCUCGGAACUGAGCAGUCGUCUAGUCAUCAGCAACGUGUCCACCAUUGAUCAAGGAAUGUAUGUCUGCAAGGCCGAUAAUAGCUUCAGCAUCAAGGAGAAGAAGGCUGAGGUAGUUGUGCAUGCGAACCCAUUCAUCCAGUUGACAUUCAAGGGGAGUUCAGUGAUUGCAGCGACUGAGGCCAAACUUGGACAGAAGAACGUGUAUCUGACUGUGCAGAUCCACGCCCACCCCUGGCCCAACAUCCACUGGUUGAAAGAUGGGAAGCCAAUUCGGAGCCUGGCGAUGCAGCCAAAUGGAUCGAGCCUGAGGAUUGGAGAGGUGACAGAGCAGGAUGCUGGUGUCUACACUGUCCUUGCCCGCAAUCCCAAGGCGGGCCUGGAGAAGCGGUUACACAUACGGCUCGUUGUCAAUGUCCCACCUCAGAUCCAUGAGAAGGAGGUGGCUUCUCCAACCAACAUUUACCCACGUGGGAGCAGACAGACGCUGACAUGUACCGUGUAUGGCAUUCCCACACCGUCACACGUGUUCUGGUACUGGAGACCCUGGGGUCCAUGCGGAGUGAAGUUGUACCCAAACCUAGGUCCUCAAGCCAUCUUGGGGCGCCAUACUCAGGACCGAACCCCUGACUGCGAAGACUGGAGGAACAUCUCAGCGGGGCCCCUGACCAACAAGAUUGAGAGCAUUGAGACCAGCUCUGAGGUUCUGGAGGGGAGGAACAAGACAGUCAGCAAGCUGAUCAUUGUGGCUGCCAACAUCUCCGUCAUGUAUAAGUGUUCUGCUUUCAAUAAAGUCGGGCGUGAUGACCGCGUCAUCUACUUCUACGUGACAAGUAUCCCGGAGGGGUUCGGUAUCGACCUGCAGCCUUCGGAGAGCCCGGUGGAAGGUCAGAGAGUGCGUCUGCGGUGCAGCGCGGAUAAUUACACCUAUGAGAAUCUGCAGUGGUACCGGCUUCUGCCCAGCGCCCUGGAGGGUGAGCUGGGAGACCCCCCUGUGCUUGAGUGCAGGAACAUGCACAUGUACGGCAAGAGGCUGGCAGGGGUGGAGAUGGCAGACCCCCAGCACAAGGGACUGGCUCUGGAGCUUCAGAUUGCCAGUGUCACACUGAAGGAUGAGGGUGAUUAUGUGUGUGAAGUUCAGAACAAGAAAACUGGCGAGAAACAUUGCCACAGGAAGUACGUCCUGGUGAGAGCUCAGGAGAGCCCAGGUCUGUUUGGGAACCUGACGGACCUGUCAGUCAAUGUCAGUGACUCCAUCCAGAUGAGGUGUGCUGUUAGCGGAACCCCUCAACCCACCAUCACCUGGUUUAAGGACGAGAAAAUGUUUCACGAGCUCUCAGGGGUGGUCCUCAGCGAGCGCAACCAGACCCUCACCAUCCCGCGGGCACAGGAGGACGAUUCUGGACUGUACCGCUGCGUGGCUUGCAACUCCAAGGGCUGUGUCAACUCCAGCGCAUUCGUCUCUGUGCAAGGUGGUGGGGACAAAUCGAACAUCGAGGUUGUGAUCUUAGUUGGGACAGGAGUCAUUGCCGUUUUCUUCUGGAUUCUGCUCAUCCUCAUCUUCUGUAACGUCAAGCGGGUAAGAUUCCUGGGGACCAAUCCAGCCGACAUCAAAACCGGAUACCUGUCCAUUAUCAUGGAUCCAGGUGAGGUACCUCUGGAUGAACAGAGUGAGUACCUGCCCUAUGACUCCAGCAAGUGGGAGUUUCCUCGGGACCGACUUCGGUUAGGCAAGACGCUGGGUCACGGAGCCUUCGGAAAGGUGGUAGAGGCUUCGGCCUUCGGGAUCGACAAGAGCAGCAGCUGCAGGACUGUAGCUGUGAAGAUGCUGAAAGAUGGAGCCACAGCCAAUGAGCACAAAGCCCUGAUGUCUGAACUGAAGAUCCUCAUCCACAUUGGAAACCACCUCAACGUUGUUAACCUGCUGGGAGCCUGCACCAAAGCAAAUGGGCCCCUGAUGGUAAUCGUGGAGUACUGCAAAUACGGAAACCUCUCCAACUACCUGAGGAACAAGCGGGAAGACUUCAUCCCCUGCCGGCAGGAACGGGCACUGAAGGUAAGCAGCCAUGUGAUUUCCAUGGUGGAGGUGGUGAAGGGGCUGGAGGACAGGAAUCGAGGCAGCAUAGCCGAACACCCAAUCUGCGUCCGCACUGCCAUGGACAGGAUGCUCAGUCACCCCAAGGCCCUAGUGGAAGUUGAUGACCUGUGGCAGUGUCCUCUGACCCUCGUUGACCUGAUCUGCUUCAGCUUCCAAGUUGCUCGCGGGAUGGAGUUCCUUGCCUCAAGGAAGUGUAUUCACAGGGAUCUGGCUGCUCGCAACAUCCUCCUCUCUGACAACAACGUGGUGAAGAUCUGUGACUUUGGCCUCGCGAGAGACAUCUACAAGGACCCUGACUACGUGAGGAAGGGCAAUGCUCGUCUCCCACUAAAGUGGAUGGCUCCGGAAAGCAUCUUCGAUAAAGUCUAUACCACCCAGAGUGACGUAUGGUCGUUUGGCGUCCUCCUGUGGGAGAUCUUCUCUCUAGGUGUCUCUCCCUAUCCUGGAGUACAGAUCAAUGAGGAAUUCUGCCAACGGCUGAGGGAAGGAACCAGGAUGAGGGCUCCAGAAUACGCAACAGAAGAAAUCUAUCGCAUCAUGCUGAACAGCUGGCAAGGAGAUCCAAAGGACAGACCAACCUUCUCUGACCUGGUGGAGAUACUUGGGGACUUGCUGCAAGCUAACGUGCAACAGGACGGUAAGGAUUACAUCCCCCUCAGUGUGCUGCAGGCCACCGAAGGAGAUCUAGCCUUCUCCCAUUUCCAUUCAUCCCUGGCUCGUGGGGCCGCCGAAGUGUCUGAAUCCAGGAUACGAUGUGACAGUAUAGGACCACGAUAUUAUAACUGUGUAUCUUUGCCAAGUCUUAUAAGUGAGGGGAGUCAGAUGAGGUUUGCAACCAGGGUGAAAACGUUUGAAGAUAUCCCAAUGGAGGAGGCUGGGAAUCCCAUGCAAAAUGACAACCAGACGGACAGUGGGAUGGUGCUGGCACCUGAGGAGCUGGAGAAGUUGCAGGGCUCACACAAACAUCAGGUAGCCUUCAGUAAAGCCUCGAAUCGAAUGUGCAGACAACCUGACCGGUGUCGAUGUGGAUCAGCCUGGUAUUCUGGAGCGGGGGGGCCGGCCGUUCACGGCAGUGACUGUGGGCACCUGUCACAGGUGGGAUGGGAGUGCGACAUUUGGGGGGACCUGCCCCUGGAACCUGCUGGUCUGGACACCAGUUCCCCCUUCUAGGACUCGUCUGCCACGGGUGUCCACCGCAGGAACCUGUCUCAGCACUCCAGCGGAUUCCUUGCUCGCUCUCAGUGCUCUGCCUCUGAAUCGAUGGCGGACACUCGCCAUGGGAACUGCAGAAUGGAAUUCCAGUAUCUUCUAAGGUUCUGAACUCUGCAAACCACCGGGAUACUGUUCCAAUUGUUCCACCGGCUGGUAUCUGUAACCGGACUAUAAUCUCUGCUGACAAAUAUUCGCUUCCCCAAACAACAAGUUAGUCAGUAACUCUCAAGCAAAAAGUCCUUCUCUCCUUCCGUUUCUCCCAUUUUCCACUCUCCUCUCUUAUCUAAUUCCUUCCUUUUCAGCCUUUUACCUCUUCCACCUAUCCCCUCCCAGCUUCUCCCUUCAUUCCCACUCAACCACCCACCCACCUUCCCGCUCGCCUGGUCUCACCCUAUCACCUGCUAGCCUGUACUCCUUCCCCUUCGCCACCACCUUAUUCUGGCUUCUUCCCCACUUCCAUUACAGACCUGAUGAAGGGUCUCAGCCCGAAAAUCAACUGUUCAUUCCCCUCCAUAGAUGCUGCCUACCCUUCUGAGUUCUUCCAGCUGUUUGUGGUGCGGUGCUCUGGAUUUCCAGCAAGUGCAGAAUCACUUGUGUUUUCGGUUUUGUUUAUGGUUCGGAGAGGAAGGGGGUGGGGAGAGUUCCCAGGGAUGAGGGAAGUCACUCCUGUGAUAAUUCUUACCCCCACCUCCUUCUUCUGGCUUCUUCCAAACUUCCUUUCCAGCCCUAAUGAAGGGUCUCAUCCUGACAUGUUGACUGUUUAUUCAUUUCUGUAGAUGCUGCCUGCCUUGCUGAGUUCCUUCAGCAUUCUGUGGUGAGAUGCUCAGGAGUUCCAGCACCUGCUGAAUCCCUUUUGCUUUUGUUUUGGUUUAUAUUUUUUCAUAGUACCGGCAUUCUUAAACUCAGAUCCUAGCAGUUUUUAAGAAGUUUUAAACUUGGAGCUGUUGGAGUUCCUUCUAGGUAGUCCUCAAUUCUGGGAUGGGGAGUGCAAUUGUGCGUUCUCAUGUCCAUAAGACCAUAAGAUAUAGGAGCAGAAUUAGGCCAUUUGGCUCAUCACAUCUGCUCUACCAUUUCAUCAUGGCUGAUCCAAUUUUCCUCCCAGCCCCAAUCUCCUCCCUUCUCCCCAUAUCCCUUCAUGACCAAUCAAGAAUCUGUCAACCUCUGUUACCUCUGUAAAAACUUGGCCUCCACAGAUUCACAACUCUUUGGCAAAAGAAAUUCCUCCUCACCUCCAUUCUAAAAUAACGCCCCUCUGUUCUGAGGGUGUAUCUUAGACUCUUCCACCGUAGGAAACAUCCUCUCCUCAUUCUCUCUAUCGAGGCCUUUCACCAUUCGAUAGAUUUCAAUGAGGUCGCCCCUCAUUCUUCUGAAUUCUAGUGAAUACAGGCCCAGAGCCAUCAAAUGCUCUUCAUAUGACAAGCCAUUCUAUCCUGGAAUCAUAUUUGUGAACCUCCUUUGAACACUAUCCAAUGUAAGCACAUCCUUUCUAAGAUAACGGGCCCAAACCUGCUCACAGUACUCCAACUGAGACCUCACCAGCACUUUAUGAAGUCUCAACAUUACAUCCUUGCUUUAGUAUUCUAGUCCUCUUGAAAUGAAUGCUAACAUUGCAUUUGCCUUCCUCAUCACAGACUCAACCUGCAAAUUAACCUUUAGGGAAUCCUGCAUAAGGACUCCCAACUCCCUUUGCAGUUCUGUUUUUUUGUAUUUUCUCUCCAUUUUGAAAACAGUCGACCAUUUCAUUUCUUCUACCAAAGUGCAUGACCAUACACUUCCCAACACUGCAUUCCAUCUGCCAUUUCUUUGUAAAUUCUCCUAAUCUGUUUAAGUCCUUCUGUAGUCUCUCUACUACUCAAAACUACCUGCCCCUCCACCUAUCUUCAUAUUGUCUGCAAACUUUGCAACAAAGCCAUCAAUUCCAUCAUCCAAAUCAUUGACAUAUAACGUAAAAAGAAUCAAUCCCAACAUAGAACUCUGUGGAACACCACUGGUCACUGGCAGCCAGUCAGAAAAGGCCCCCUUUAUUCUCACUAUUGCCUCAUGCCAAUCAGCCACUGCUUUAUCCAUGCUAGAAUCUUUCCUGUAAUACCAUGUCUUGUAGCUUGUUAAGGAGUCUCAUGCCUUCUGGAAAUCCAUGUACACAACAUCAACUGAUUCUCCUUUGUCUAUUCUGCUUGUUAUUUCUUCAAAGAAUUCCCUUGAGGAAUUCUGAAGAAAUAAGAUUUUCCCUUGGAGGAAACUAUGCUGACUGUGCCUAUUUUAUCAUGAGCCUCCGAGUACCCUGAGUUCUCAUCCUUAAUAAUUGACUCCAUCAUCUUCCCAACCACAGAAGUCAGACUAACUGGCCUAUAGUUUCCUUUCUUCUGCCUCUCUCCCUCCUUGAAGACAUUUGCAAUUUUCCAGUCUUCCAGAACCAUUCUAGAAUCUAGUGAUUCUUGAAAGAUCAUUACUAAUGUCUCCACAACCUCUUCAGCCACCUCAUUCUGAACUCUAGGGCGUACACCACCUGGUGCUGGUGACUUAUCUACCUUCAGACCUUUCAUUUCUCUAAGAAUCUCCUGUCUGGUAUGGUAACUUCACACACAUCAUGCCCCCUGACUACUGGAACUUUCAACAUACUGCUAGUGUCUUCCACAAUGAAGCUAGAUGCAAAUUACUUAUUCAGUUCAUCCCCAUUUCAUUGUUCCCCAUUACUUCCUCUCCAGCAUAAUUUUCCAGUGGUCUCAUAUCCACUCUCCCCUCUCCUUUAUACUUUAUGUAUCUGAAGAAACUUUUGGUAUCCUUUAAUAUUAUUGGCUAGCUUACUUUGGUAUUCAAUCUUUACCUUCCUAAUGACUUUUUUAGUUGCCUUCUGUUGGUUUUUAAAAGCUUCCCAAUCCUCUAACUGUCCACUAAUUUUAGCUCUAUUUUAUGCCCUCUCUUUGGCUUUCUUGUUGGUUUUGACUUCUCUUGAAGUCAUCUUUCCUUUCGAAUACUUCUUCCUCUUUGGAAUCUAUAUACUGUAUAUCCCAUGCCUUUCAAAUUGCUGCCGGAAAUUCCAGCCAUUACUGCUCCGCUGUCAUCCCUGCCACUUUUUUUCCCAAUCUUUUCUGGCAACUUCUCUCUUGUGCCUCCGUAAUUCCCUUUACUCCACUGUAAUACUGAUAUAUCGAACUUCAGCUUCUGCUGUCAAAUUUCAGGGUGAAUUUGAUCAUAUUAUGAUCACUUGCCCCUGAGGGUUAUUUUACCUUAAGCUCAAUAAUCAAUUCUGGUUCAUUGCGCAACAUCCAAUCCAGAAUAGCUGAUCCUGUCGUGAACUUAACCACGAACUGCUCCAAAAGGCCAUCUUGUAGGCACUCUAGAAACUCCCCCUCCUGUAAUCCAACACCAGCAUGAUUUUCCCAAUCUACCUGCAUUUUGAAGUCCCCCAUGACUAUUGUAACAUUGCCCUUUUGGCAUGCAUUUUCUAUUUCCCUUUGUAGCUUGUAGGCCACAUCCUUACUCCUUGCUCCUCACUCUGGUUCCCACCCCCCUGCAACUCCAGUUUAAGCCUCACUGUCCUGCAUUAACAAACCUUCCCGCUAGGAUUUUAGUCCUCCUCCAGUUCAGGUGCAACCGUCCCUUCUGUACAGAUCCCACCUUUCCAGGAAGAGAACCCAAUGAUCUGAAAAUCUUAUGCUGUUCCGCCUACACCAGCUCCUUAGCCACGUAUUAAAGUGUAUAACCUUCCUAGUUCUGGCCUCACUAGCUCGGAUAGCAAUCCUGAGAUCACACCCCUGGAGAUCAUGCCCUUUAACUUAGCAGCUAAUUUCCUGAACUCCCUAUGCAAAACCUUGCCACUCGUCCUAUUUUGUCAGUGGUACCUACAUGAACCAUGACUUCUAGUUAGUUCCCCUAACUAACGAAUCCCCUAUCCCUACAGCGUGCCUCUUCUUCCCCCUUCUCUUCUGAGUCACAGAGGCAGACUCAAUGCCAGAGACCUGAGCACUGUGACUUUCCUCUUCUAGGUCUCCCCCUUCCCCUCCCCCAGCAGUAUCCAAAACGAUAUACCUGUUGUUGAGGGGGAUGGCCACGGGGUACUCUUGCACUGGCUCCUUAACCCCUUUCCCCUUCCUGACUGUCACCAGUUUCCUGCGUCCUGCUCCUUGGGUGUAACUACCUCUGUAAAUACAGUAUUGAGGAAAUCGUGGCUUGACCAGGAAUGUCCAUUCUACCUCAGUACUGAUCAGCUCCCAUCCCUUAAGCUUCCAGAUCAAGUUUAUUGGCGUCUGUCUGAGUGUACGUAUAUACAAACAAAUGAAAUAUUCUACCAGACCACAGUGCACUCACAAUGCAUAUACCACAUACCCUCUGAGAAGGUUGAAGGGGUUUCCUUUCUGAAGCACUCUAGAGGUCAGAUCUGUAUGGAAAUAUCGCUGCCUUCCCCACUAUCUCUUCCCCAUUCUACCUCACUCCUUGGAUCUGUGUUGCCCAGUGCCCUAGAGUUAUAGAGCACUUCAGCACAGAAACAGGCUCUUCAGCCCAUCUUGUCCAUGCAGAACUGUUAUUCUGCCCAGUUCCAUUGAUUCGCACCCACACCACAGCCCUACAUACUCUCCCAUCCGUGUACCUAUCCAAACAUCUCUUAAAUGUUGAAAUCAAACCCACAUUCUCCACUUCCUGUGGCAGCUCGUUCCACAUGCUCACCACUCUCUGGGUGAGGAAAUCCCCCUCGUGUUCCCCUUAAAUAUUUCACUUUUCACCCUUAACGCAUGACUUCUAGUUCUAAUCUUAUCCAACCUCAGUGGUCUCACCCUAUCACCUGCCACCUCACCCAAUACAGGCUGCUUGCAUUGACCCUAUUCAUACCCCUCCAUCACAUUUCCCCUCAUUCUCCUACACUCCAGGGAAUAAAGCUUAACCUAGUCAACUUUUGCCUGUGACUCAGGUUCUCACGUCCUGGCAUCCUUGUAAGCUUUCACUGCACUCUUUCAGUUUUAUUUCUACCUUUCCUGUAGGUAGGUGACCAUAGGAGAUCUGCAUGUACUGGAACAUUAGACCCAGGCAGUAAUUUGGAAGCAUGGUGGUAGUUCAUAAAUAAGACCAUAAGAAAUAGGAGCAGAAUUAGAUCAAUCAGCCCAUCGAGACUGAUCCACCAUUCCAUCAUGGCUGAUUUACUAUCCCUCUCAACACCAUUCUGCCUUGUCCCCAUUAUAUUUGACAUCUUUACUAAUCAAGAUCCUAUUAACCUCCACUGUAAGUACCCCCACACGGAAGCUCUGUUGAGGCCAUGAUCAGAGACACGGUGUCUGACGUGAACGGACACUCAGCAAGUGACCCUGCCUUCACUUUCAGCCUCUGCCCUGCCUUCCCACCCUGAGGGACUCGGAUCAGGGCACCUCCCAGGCUCAGUGGGCAGAUUGACCCUCGAGGGGAUGCUGAAUUUCUGGUGCAUUUUUUUUACAAACAGUAUUUUCAGCUUUUGAUGGCUUUUUGGACUCUGAGAAAUGCUAAUGGUUUUACUGACUAAGAUUGAGUAACUGUGACACUUUGAAGUUGAUUGUGUUGUCAUUGAGCAGGCAGGUACCUGCACCGUGGAGGUGUGCAUGAUACUCUGAGAUAUCGCUAAUUAUUCAUUGUUCUGACCCAACACUGCUUCCAGCUCGGUGAAGGGAACCAAGCCAUUCCACAGCAAUGGUACACUGAGUUGGUGGAGCCACCAGGCCAAGGGACAAGGUGCUGGCUGGGGAGACAGUGGCCUUCAAGGAGAUUCUUAAAAGUGGGGAGGGAUGAGCAUGCUGAAACCAAAAGGGUUUAGCAUCAGAGCUGCUAAAAGGACAUCAGGGGACAGCUUGUUCACACAAAGGGUGGUGUGUAUUUGGUAUGAAUAGUGGUUGAGCUAAACAUAUUAGCAAUGUUCAAAAGCUGUCUAGGGAUGUACAUGGACAGGAGAAGUGUAGUGAGCUAUGGGCCAAAUGCAGACAGGUGGGACUAACUCACUGGGCAAUUCAGUCAGCAUGGACCAUUUGGGCCGAAGGGCCUGUUUCUGUUCUGUGUGACUCAGUGGCCCUGUAAUCCAUGACACCGUUGCCCAAAAAUACUGUCCCAUGUCAAUGUUCCAUCCAAGAACAUCAAACUCCCCAUCCCAACACUUUUAACUCCCAAAUUAUCCCAAAAGACCCAGCCAGUGCCCAUCCCCUAAACUCCAUUCACCCCACCUUUGCCCAGAUCUCCCAGGGUGAGUGGUGUUGUGGUGUCAUUCAGGGCUUAUCCUUCCCUGAAGGAUCUCAACCCAAAAUGUCAACUCUUUAUUCCUCUCCAUAGAUGUGCCUGGCCUGCUGAGUUCCUCCAGCACUUUGUGCGUGUUGCAUGGCUUUCCAGCAUCUGCAGAUUCUGCUGUGCUUAACUUUCCCUCCACUCUCCACUCACUGCUCUGGGCUCCACUGAGACCUUCCUACUUUGGGGCACCGCGAGAGUUUUAAUGACUGGCUUUCCAAUAGCUGAGCAGAUCCUUUUGCCCGCCUUGACUGUUGAGUUGCUGCUGACCUAUUUAAUGAUAUCUCUUGGUUGCUAUCAUACCCCCUCACAUAGAAACUGGAAAUCUUACCUGGGAGGGGCUUGCUCUCGAUGAGUAUUCUGUAUUUUGUAAAGAUGUGACAGUUUAAAGGGGCUAUGGAGGUAACAUUCACAGCUGGAACUGAAGUUUGGCUCAUCUCCCCCCACCCCCACAACUCCUUAUCAAUACCUCUCCCUCCUUCCCCUCUCCAAAGUACAAAGCCCAACAGUUUUGCAUAUCCAGUGGACACCGUCUUCCCCCUCCCACUCGUUAAUACCCCUCUCCAAACUCCUGAGCCCACACCUGCUCUGGACCUCCAGCGUCUCUCAUUCCUGACGCCAGGUUCAGAUUCAGAUUUAUUUACCAGAACAUACAGUGAAAUGUGUUGUUUGCAUUAACAAUCAACUUGACCUAAAGGUGUACUUCAGAAGGUCAGGCAUGAAAAUGAAUAAACAGCUGACAUUUUGGACUGAGACCUGAUGAAGGGUCUCAGCCCGAAAGGUCGACUGUUUAUUCAUUCCCAUAGAUGCUGCCUGGCCUGCUGAGUUCCUCCAACAUUUUGUGUGUGUUGCUCUCAAUUUCCAGCAUCUGCAGAAUCUCCUGUGUUUAUGGCAAUAUAUGGGUGUGCUGGGGGCAGCCUGCAAGUGUCACCACACAUUCCGGCACCAACACAGCAUGUCCACAAUGUUUGACAGAACAACACAACAACAACAACAGCAAAACAAGUCCUUUACCCAUCCCCUCACUCACAAACAGAAAGGCUUCUAACCCUAGGGUGGGCUAUUUCCGGGCCUCCAUCCCUUGGCCCCAAUUCUCAAACACCAGGCCUCCUAUCGCCAGUCCCGAUUUCCUGACCCAGUGGCUGUGAAUCUGCAGACAAGACUAUCUUUAGACUUUGACCUUUGGUUGUCUACGUACAGACUCACCAACUUCGGUCUUUGACCUUUAGGUGUCUACCUCCCGACUUGCCAACUUCAGCCUUUACCCUUCAGGCUUCAACCUCUGGACUUGCUCUGGAUGGUGAAGCAGGAGAAAGGGGCUGACAUGGAAAAUAAAUCAGCCAUGAUGGAAUGGAAAAGCAAACUCAAUGGUCCAAAAGGACUAAUUCCACUCCUAUGCCCUUUAUCUUAUAGACAUCCCAGGGAACGUGGACUUCUGACCCAUGGAAAUCUUCCCCCUCCUUAGUCCCUCCAAAUUCCAACUGCCCUUACACUCCCCUCAGUCUGAGGGAUUAUUCCUCUUCAAUUGAAAAACAUGUACCCCCAACACUCUGUCCCAGCCAAACUGAGGUGCUACCCCACCCUCACUCUCUUCAACCAGAGGAGCUGUUAGUUGAGAGAAGCCAGCGGCUGGACCCACUGAUACCCUGCCUGAAGUCACUGCAGCAGAGCUGUGAAUGUUACCUCCAUCCUCAACAUGUUACGUGGUGUGAAGCCACGCACAUUUAUUGUGUUUGAGAAUAGCCGUUGGCAAUUGUUUACAGUUCCAUUAAUAAUAAUGGGGAUUAAAUAAUCACAGAUCAUUGUAUGUGGGGUGGGAGGGGACAAUAUUUCACUUAUAGAAGGAAUUGCUAAAAUUACACUAAGAUUUUAUCUACAUUUAACGAUAUGCAACAUAAUAAACAUUCUCUGUAUGUCUGAUGUAUAUUGUACAUAGCAUAUUGUGGGCAACAGGAUACGGAAUAUUUCCGAGGCAUGUAUAACACAAAUAAAACACAACU